AUGUUUUUGGCCUCCAGAGCUUCCCGUGCAUGUUUUACCGGCGCUACCAGGUUCAGGCCUAGCACCAUCCCAAGACUCUAUUCAAAUGUGCCAGUGCCCAAGAAGCUGGGGAGAGGGGCUCCCAUCAAGACGAUUGUGCUUGUCACCGUGAUCUCGUUUGCGCUCCUUGACCUCACAACCCGCUUGAUGGACAAGAAGUCCGAUAACAAGAAAUCUUUCACAGAAAAGGAGUACGAGGAAGCCAUCAAGGCAGGGUUGAAGAGAAAGACCCGCAUGUUUAAGACCAAGGAAUUGCCGGGCGGGGUCUUCUUGUGUCCACCCCCUCCAGCUUCCGUCACCUCGGCAGCCACGUUUGACGCCCGGGUAGACGCCUUGCAGAAACAGUUGGGUGCCAGGGUCAUCGAUUUGGAGGCUUUGAUUGCGGAGCAACGCGCGGAUGCCGACUCUAGAUACGGGUUGUUGCUCGACAAUUUGGCGGCCCAGGGCGAUUCUGCGGUCUACCCGCCGGGCUUGUUCCCAGCGCUCAUCGGGAUGGAAUUCAAGUCCAUCCGCAGACAACUCAUUGCUGAGGCUGGUGAGGAGGCCACUGAGAUCUCCUACCCUACCCCAAUCAUCGUGAAGAACUUUCCAAGAACCGUUGAAAACGCCACAAAAUUUGAGGAAGAUAUUGCCUUUGCUUCCAAGUUGGUUGUGUUUGGCAAGGUGGAUACUGAAAACGAAAAGUUUAUCGAGGACCAGCAACUCAGGGAGUAUAGCCAGUUAGCGGGCUACUUUGAGAUUGUUGACAAGCUCUUUUUUGUUGAGGAAGUGGAUGGCUCUGUUGUCGAGCGUUUGAGACAGUAAAAGAUCCCAGCAUUGUAUAUAUGGAUCGAUAUUUAUAGAUAAUCUUGCGAACCUAAAACACCGAUACUGGUUCGCAUUCCAAGCUGA